GGAGAGAGGUCCCGUGGCAUGUCCAUCAUGCGCCGGUCCCGUUGCAUGGUCAUGACCAUGGCUGCUGCGUGCUUGAUGGUUUUGCUCGGGUGCGACGAUGAGGAGACGACGGGGACGUAUCUUGAAUGCAGCAGCUUCAACAAAAGUGGUGUUUCACCAGUCACCGAUGCGGCCACCUGUCGCGAAGCUUGUGUGACAGCGGAAGGCCUAGUCGAAGUGGGUGGCAGUUUGGAGGAUUGGAGUGGCAGCUCCGGCUCUGGUAAGUGUGCGUGUUAUGAGGGAACCAACGGAUACGGGGGCUUCGAGACGGCAGGGGGCAAGAAUGGUACAGCUCACGUGGCACAAGUUCCAGUCUGCCCUGAGGUUCUGAUUCAGGGUCAGACCAGCUGGGGUGAGCGGGGAAAGACGCGACGGCAUUGUGACAGCAUGUCCGCCCUGUUGUGCCUUGCCACCUUCGUGGUGACGCGCUUCAUUGAUGCGGCCUUCGUGGCACCCAAGGGCGCGUCUCCGUCUCGUCAGGAGCUGACUGCCCUGCAGGCACGGGGUGGUGGUGAGUACGACAUCAGCGAUGCCGACAUCCAGAACUUCUACAACAGCCUGCUGACGGGCGCGGGAGGUGAUCCACCCAAGGGCACCGUGCUGUCCGAGCUCAUCGUGAAGUUCUUCCACGGUGACUUCACUCCUCAGGGCUUCAAGCGCUACUCCGGGCUCUGGAAGGGACCACCUCCAGGCAACAUCGGCAAGAAG